AUGGAUGACUGCAAGGGAGGUCCAGAGUCUGUGCUGGGAGACAGGGAUGAAAACAAUUACACAGCUCAGGGAAAGGCAAUUAAUAUAGAAAGGCCUAAAGAGACACAGGCUCUUUCUCCCUGUGUGGUGCACAGGGAGCAGGGAUCUCAUGCUGCCCAAAUCCCUGGUGCCACCUUGCCUGCUGCAGCCACCAAACUCCCUGGCUGGCACCAGGAGUAUCAGCAAGGUCUUGGAGAAGGCUUUGAUGACCUUGGAGGAUGUAAAAGGCCAAUAAAAUGUGGUGUGAGAUGUGUUCUGUCUUCCUGGGGAGCAGAAAAUGCAUCUGAAGGAGAGUGGGUGCAGUGCAAAGCUGAAAAUUGUUUCUUUUCGGAGGUCUGGAUCCAUAAGCCCCGAGAAUCCAGCACAAAACUUCGGUUGGCUUUUUACUUUUCCCACACUUGUUCAGAGAUUAUUCUGAGGUCUUUGAAGAGUAAGACAAGCCCAGUGAAGACAACUACAAGAAUGGAAUGUGCUACACUCAAAAACUUAAUUUCUGUGACAGAGGCUGUUCCCCUCUCAGAAACCCACGUGAUCAGUUGGCCAAGGAAAAAUGCACUCUUGAGAGACACAGAUGAGAUUAUUUACAGAAUCUGCAGCUCUCCUUCUGGGUUCUGCUCACUGAGAGAAAAGGGGGAGAAGCACCCACAAAGCAGCUGUGAAAUAAAGAACCCAUUUCACCCUUCAGAGCUCUCCUGCUGGUUUAGUGGAAAACCCGAUGGAUGGAUGGAUAAAUCUUCCAGAAAGAAAAAUCAGCUCUUGGCUAGAGCAAUGCAGGAGAGGUGACAAAAUGUGCCUGAGGAAUAAGAUGGUUACAAGAUCCUAUCUGUGAGGAAAGCAGCAGGAAUCAAGGUGUAUUCAUCCGUCAGUGCAAGUGAAAUCAUGAAGCCAGCAGGGGAGACAUCACAACAGACUUCACAUGUGCCUCGUGGAACUUUUUCUUUCAUUUUUCUAACUUGCAGGCAUACUGCACAUCCUUGUUUUGUCCAGUAGAAGCCCAAGCAACACAGCAGUGAGGCUGAAGUUUCACAUGUGGAAUUCCCUCCAUGGGCAAUGUGGCAGGGGAACUUUAGCUUGGAAAUCCUCUAGAAGAUAAAUUGGCAGUAUACACUACAACAGUUCCUAAUUUUAUUUUGAAGCAAGCUUUCCAGGUCAUGACUUUAGUUCUUCCUUGGUUGAGCUGCUAUAGAUGACUUUGUUCAAGGGAUUCUGAAUACAAAUGUGCAAAACUUGGUUUUUGGAAUUUGUCUAAUACUGUUGUGACUGAAAACCCUUCCUUAUUGUAAAGGUAGAACACUGAAGCUAAAGGCGUUUUGGUGAUGCAAUAUUGUGACAGAGCUUGUGAUGAACUGGGUGGUGUGUGGCGCAAACAAGUGGGGAAAGUGAAGUGCUAUACUGAUACUCAAAAUAUAUUUUUAGUUUUGACUGAGUAUCUCCUCUUUCUCUGUAGGAUGAAAUGACAUUAUUUAUCAUCUCAAGCUCUCUUGUACAGACCUGGGGAAUAGAUGAUGCCCCUGUGGAAGCUGAGAUAAAGCCAUGCGAUCUCAGCAGCCAGCACAUAAUGAAAAAUACUAAAUAUUGUGGAAGGUUUCAGCCGGCAAUUCUCUAGGGCAACUUUUGUUCAUUUGGGAUGUUGCUUAUCCAGGACCUUACAGUCCAUAAAUGGUGCUUCUCAUGAUGGAGAAAAGAUUGAAGACAGAAAAAAAAGUCAAGAUUUGUUAUGUGUAGUAUCUAGCUUGCUGUUUCCAGCAUUUUAAAAAUAAAUAGUGUUAUUUUUCAAGCACAGGUGUGAUGCAUCCCAAGGGAAAGUGUCACUGAAUGUCUUUCAGCCUAUAGAAUACUUCUAAAUUGAGGGUGUGCAUGUUGUUUGACCUGCACAAGUGAGCUUAAAUUGUACAAAUUAUGGCAUGGCUGGGGACCUGAAGACCUCAUGGUGCCAGAUGUUCAGGAAGCUUCUCAUCUUUGUAAGAAUUUGUUUUUGACCGCCUUGAUAUUUGAUUUCAAUUGAAAUGAAAGAGUAGCAGAGAGCAUUGAUAACUUGUUUUUCAAAAUACUUCUGGCUAAAAAGAGAUUUUGACUUACUGGUGAAGUGGAUUUUGCCAAGCAACAAAAGCCUGAACCAGACAAAACAAACUCCUGCAUCCCAGCUCUCCCUUCUGUAUUUUCAGAAGAAUGGCGAAUCACAGCUGUUUAUUGAUUCUAACCAGGGCUGAAAGGUGAUCGAGUGCUGUGACUUUUUGGGCUCCAUUGUUUCUCCUUGUGCUCUGGUGGAAAAAUGAUUAAAAGUAUUCCCAAUAACAUCUCUGGAUGUUCUUUUGGUCUCUGAAUAUAUAGGGAUGGAGAUGGAAAUGCCAAUGUCCGCCUGACACCCAGCCUAAGGUGAAUGCUCAUCAUUUUAUGAGACAACAAUCAGCUACAAGCAUGCAAUCUGCUUCUUUAGGACAAGACUGAAGUAUGACUUUAAUCUGUAAAACUGCAGACAUACAGUAACAAAGAAUUAUUAACAAAGAAAAUAUUUAAGGAUUUGGUCAUAUUGUAGUUUGCUUAUGGUAAGCAAGCUCCUAGAAACUUGUUUGAUUAGCUGAUCAAUGAGAAGCUGCUAUUGGGUUUUACAUUGUUCUGUCACUGGGAUAAUGACAUUGGGGAUGUAAUUGGCUCUUUAGUUUGCUUGGUACUACACAUGUUUGAAUCCAUAAAUAGGAUUUAGCUUUGCUAAAUAUAGAUUGGGAUUAUGGAGCAAUACUAAGACUGUUUUAGUGUUUUGUUUCAGCAUUUUAGUGAACAAGACUGGUUUUGUUUCACGCAAGUGUUUCUUCUCCCACUGGGGAAAAAUGUGGACAAGUAAAAAAAUAGCUAAUAGGCUGAUGAGGGAACUAAAGAGGCUGCUGGAAGAAACUGUGGAAUUUUAAUAAUUUGAAUUAUCAAAAUAGUAGAUUUUAUAUUGUUUGAAUUGCUGUUGUAAUCCAGUAAUCCAUGGCUCCUGCUUACAGCUGAUGCCACUCUUGGGUCACAGGCAGUUGAGUUUUCUAUCUGCUUCCACCUCUGGUUCCAAAGCCUCCUCCUCUCCCCUAAAGGAUGUUUUGGUCACUGGAUACCUGUGGAUUUGGGGGCAUUAAGCACUACUUUUUUACUGCUGGGAUAUAUUGUAAAGUGACAAAGGGAAUUUCUCCUGAUUGGUGGCCAUGUUGUUGGGAGAUAUUUAGGGGUGACAAUAUGUGGCCAAUCACAGGCAUUUCUUUGGACUUGGCUGAUGAGAGCUGUAUAAAUCUUCUGCAGGGAAGAAAAAAAAAUCAGAAGAAUAGGAAGGUUUCCCUCUCCUUUUUCCUAAACCAAAAAUAAACAGCAGCCAGAACUCAAAUAAUUAGGAAGAAGUGUGUUUAUGUUCUUCAUGCUACAGCUUCAUUGUAACUGGAAUGAUAUUUCCGUGUUGGAAUCAGGCAGUGGAGGCUACUGCUUUUCCAGGGAAAUCUACACUUCUGAAAAAACUCUUCAAGUGCCCCAAACCUGCACAAUAGCAAAUGUUGUUGGUCUUUUCCUUCUGCUGACAGUCUUUUAGACAUUGGAUGUUAAUUGAAAAACCUCUGUGUGGUCACUGCUGUGUGAAGGGAGCGAGCAGAACCUGUGCAGGUCUGUUAUAACUCAGGUUCCUCCAUGCACAGGAAAACCUUCCUUAGGAAUUUUCUUUGUAGCUGCAGUGGAAGGAUCAUGAGCUGCAAGGAGAUGGCCAUGCAGGGAUAGAGGGGUGUGGGACCUGUAAGUAGCCCAGUGGUUCUAGCCAUGUACAAUGUAGAAAAUUCUGGCAUUUAGGCUUCUUUGUUUUACAGGAAGGAAAGCCCUGUUCCAGUUAGAUGAAGAAAAAAUUAAUUGCUAUCUUCCUUCUGGGGGUUUUGUGUGCUUGUGGUUUUUUUUUUUCUCCCCAUUCCCCAAUUAGAUUUGUUUGCCCUGUCACUGAUAUUUUUACUCUGGCAGAGAAUAUUUGGAGAUCAGGGUUGCCUAAGCUCAGAUGCUGACAGUUAUGUUGCAAUAAAACUCUGCUAGCACCCUCAUCAUAAAUCACAGGCCCUAAUUUGGAGACUUAAAUUACAGGUAUGUCUUCUGAAUUACCCUCUGCAAUUAAAGUGCAAUAAAAAUACCUGCCAUGGAUUUUAACAAGCAGCCUAGUCAUAGUAAUGCCAACUGCUUGCUGGCUGCUGUUGGGAUGUUAAAUUUUUUACAGCUAUUAAAUAUAGUGAACAGCAUGGCUGCUGCCAGUUGUUAGGAGAAACAUCAGCAUUGCCACCAGCACAGCUGUUCAGCUGGAAGUGUAGUGGUGUCUCCCCUGAGGGAAGGAGGCAUUUAUGAGAAGGAAAGGUGUGCUGAAGGCAGCAAUAGCAUUCCUCUGGCUGUCAGGGGCUGGCACAUCCUGGAGCAGUCACAACAGCACCAGAGCUCAGUGCUAAAUAGAAAUUCAGUAAACCAAAGAGAAAAUCUGUCUGGAAAAUAGCCACAAAGGUUUUCAUUCUAAGGAAAAACCUGCCUUUUACUCUAAGUCAUGCUGCUGACAACCCCAUGGGUGAGGGUCAAGAGGAAGAUGUGGGUGAAGUAGGAAAUACCAGACUUCUGCAUUUUAUUAAAGGUAAAAGAUGCCAGAGUUUCUGGGCACAGAGCAUGGAAGUUAAGAAUCAAGAAUGCAUUUAGAGCUAGAAAGGUUUGGCAAAUACAAAAUCUGAUACUGUUAGGAAGAGGGGCUGCUUGUGAAAAUGUAAAGUUGCCAGCUUUCAGUCCAUCCCUUUAGGACAGAUUUAACCAACUGGUUCUGAAGUUCACUGUUUUCUGUGGAAUUACUGAUUGACCCAAGAGAUAUCUGUGUUUCAUUGUCUUUAACUGCAUGGCCCAAAUUAGAGGCUUUGCACAUAAAGGACUGUCUCCUCAAAAACCAGACAGCAACAUUCUUGAAGUACAGAAAGUUGCACCAUGUUUGUAAUGACGUGGUUUUGAUCUUUUUGAAAUCUAAUUCAAUCAAAUUGUGGUUUCUUUCAGAUUUUGUGUCUUGAAUAGACAUAAUCUGUUUUCUAUUCAAAUACAUCUUUCAAAUUUCAGCAUGGUGGGGAGGUCUUCGCAUUAUCUGACUCAUGCAUCUAACAGGGGUGCUCUGAAUUGUCCCAUUGACUUCUUACCAUUGCUCACAUAAAUAAUUCAGUCUCCUAAAUUGCGAGGAGGUAAACAAAGUAAACAAAGAGAAUCUAAUGCUGGAGCUGGUGAAACUCCUAUUCAGAUUUUUAAAUGGGUGCAGCUGAGUAUUUAAUGGGAAAAUAGUAAUAUUAUUAAGGAAGCAAACAAAUAUUUUUUUACCAUUAGAAACUGGCAGUCUUAAAAAUUAGUGGCAUAUUGUGGGAAAACCACCAAACUACUCUUGUCAAUGUCUCAUUAUUCCUUACAGUUCAGAGAAAAAUUGUAAAAAUAACAGUUGGGUCAAUAUGCUGCUGAUAUAUUUUCAUGUUAUGCCUCAGAUCACAUGUAAUGUUUUAUCAAAAAACAUUUAGUUAUUUGUCUGGUUAUUUGACUGAGUUUUAUAAAAGAUAAACAUAUAUAAUCUGUCCUAAUAUUGAAAUAUUUUUGCUUUUUUCUUAAAUCUGUGCACCAUAGGUCAUGCUAUUGAAGCAUUAAGUUUCUAUCUCCUGGCUGAUUUGAUUUAUUACUAACUUUUAUCUGAAGGAUAUAAAUGAGGCUGGAAUUGCAUUAAGCCUUCAUCUGAACCACACAUUUAUUUGACACAGGAUAAUGAAGAAGCAAAGCAUUUUCCCAUGGCUCUUCCUUAUUUUGUCCUGUGGAAAUGCAUGAUUUUUUUGCUUUUGUACACACACAUGCUCCUGCUGUUCUACAAGAUUGCACAAAAUAUUUACACGUGUCUUUAAUUAAAAUAAAGGGUUGUCAGGGCACAGCAUAUGCAAAGAA